AUGGCGCACUUCAUGCAUGCCAAAUAUGUUCGAGGCAAGCAUCCGCUCCAAGUGCAGGUAGCUAGGCCUUCAGCCGCAUGGAGACGGCUGGAGGGAAUUAGUCGGGUAGCAGAGAGUCACAUUAGGUGGUGCGUGGGUAAAGGGUUUGUAGAUUUGUGGUAUGACCGUUGGCUUUUUGAAGUCCCUCUGGCCGACCUCCUCUCCAUUACUGACCCGCCACACAUGCUGCUCGCAGAAUUCUUUGAUGACAUGGGUUGUAAUGUAGCGAAACUAGAGCAAUGGAUGCCUGCUCAGCUGGUUAAUCAGAUCCAGCGUAUUCAAUUAUUCCCCGAGCAGCAGGAUCAAAUGGUUUGGGUGGGCUCUCCCUCGAGGGAGUUCUCAACCAAGGCUGCUUGGGAGGAUAUUCGGCAAAAACGCAACACCUCGCUGUUGGACGGGUUCCUUUUGACAAGCAUAAUGCCACUGAAGCUAUCAUUCUUCGCAUGGAAGGUUUUACGUAGCUUGGUCCCCUUGGAGACGGUUCUGAAACGACGUGGAAUUCCCCUGGCAUCACGCUGCCCAUGUUGUCUAUUGGAAGAAGAGUCACUAGUCCAUCUCUUUGUAAUAGGCCCUGUAGCAAGGGAGGUUUGGAGCUCCUUUUGUCAGAGGUUUGGAAUUAUUGAUCCUCGCUCCUCAUCGGUAUCAGCGAUGGUCUUGGCAUGGUUUAGCUCGACUUUGAUGGUAUCCCAUGAUCAUAUCAGGACUGUCGUCCCUUUAGUAAUACUGUGGUUCCUAUGGAAGGCUAGGAACAAGGCGCUCUUUGAGGGUGAGAUAUUUGAGGCUCGUAGGGUGGUGUCUUUGGUCGAUGGUUUUGUGAAGCAAUUGGGGGCGGCAACAAAAUUUUUGACAUGUCAUUUUAGGGGAUACAUGAGAGACCCAUGGGUUGGACUAUGCACCCGUCCAAUGAAAUGGAAAACUGCGCAGGCGGUGUCCUGGAAACGCCCUCCAUUGCACCAUGUUAAGCUGAAUACAGAUGCUAGUGUCUCUCACAAGCGUGCGUAUGGGGGUGGUUUGCUUCGCGACUCGGACGGCCACUUAAUUUUUGCUUUUUACAAAGAGUUCGGGGAAAUGAACGUUCUGAUGGUAGAAAGCUCAUCGUUGCUGCAUGGCUUUCAGCUUUGUAGGGACCUAGCCAGGGGGCCCCUGCUGGUAGAGGUGGACUCUAAGAGCCUGGUUGAUCUUCUCCAUGCGGGAGCGACGUCCCGUUGGCCUCUGUGUAACACGUUGCGUCGCAUCCGAGCGCUGCUUUCCUCACUUUCAGCAGUGGUAUCCCAUGUCUUUAGAGAGGCAAACGCUUCGGCGGACACGCUCGCCGGGUUGCGGUUGUCGUCGGAAUUAUUUUGCACUUCGUCCCAUAAGCUCCCGCAUUUAGUGCGGUCUAUAGUAUACUUAGACAGUCGCGAGGUGCCUUCCCUGCGAUGGCAACUCGGGAAGGUGUCUUGA